CUGUGCUUUAGUGCAAGGGUAAGGCUGCGUACAUCCGACCCCCCUUACCCCACCGUAGGUGGGAGCCUUUGAGGCCCUAUUGUAAUGAUGAUGAUGAAUAAGUUACUGAAAUAGUUAUACAUCUACAAGAGUAUAGUAAUUUACACUUACAAAAUGGAAAGUGUCAUAUAGUAAGUUAAAAAAUCCUAAAUGUAUAUAAUAUGUUUAAUUUUAGAUAGUUAAAUAAAAUGAACUACUAUCUGGUUAGAUUAGAUUGGCACAUCAAAGUCGAUUAGAUUGGCCGAAUCUUAUUCAAGUGACUUUAGUUGUAUGGAAAGUUAAACUCAUCAACAUCAACUAAGUAUUUAUAUUUAAAAUAUAAUGUGUUAGCAAUGAAAUGUUUGCUAGUUUGAAAAGUCUCGAUGAUCUUUUACAUCCUUUGUGUAUUAGCUCUUAAAAUGAGCAUUGACUUUACCAAUUGUAAAAAUUAAACAACCAUAUGAAAUAGUGAAGACUAAUUUGUAUAAUAGAUUCGUGAUAACUUUGUGAGUGAUCUUCUAAGUUGUUUUAUCGAAUAGACGUGAUUGAAACUGUUACAAAUUAAACGAAAAUUUGGCGCGAACAAUAGUGAUAUACUUCGUAUUUUUUUUAUCAAAUCUUUUGAUAUUGUAAUAUUACAUUAAUACUUCGAUAAUUUUUUACUAAUGCAUUUUUUAAUUACUCCGCCCCCAAUAAGUUUAUAUCCUGGAUCCGCCACUGCCAGGAGUGAGUUUGCAAACCUUCCAUCCCUCUCUCUACUCUUUUAGGAAGCAUUCCAAGAAAAGAAGUAGGAAAAACAUGGUACUACCUCAAAUUGAUCCUGAUGUAGUUCCUCAUUUCUUGGAGACAUCCUGGAAGGUCUUCUCCUUAUCAGAACUUGAGAAAGUGACAUACAACUUUAACCCUGAACAUUUGAUUGGGAAGGGAGGUUAUUCUGAAGUUUACAAAGGACACUUGGACGAUGGGAGGCCAGUGGCAGUUAAAAGGCUGAUGAGGGGAAACCCUGAGGAAAUGACAUCAGACUACUUAUCAGAGCUUGGAAUUUUGGUACAUGUCAAUCAUCCCAACAUUGCUAAUAUUAUUGGGUAUGGAGUUGAAGGGGGAAUGUACCUUGUACUUCCUUUGUCUCCUCAUGGGAGCUUAGCAACUCUUCUUGAUGGUAGGGAUCAAAAGGAGAAACUAUCUUGGUGCCUUAGAUAUAAUAUUGCUUUAGGGACUGCCUCUGGCCUUGCGUAUCUUCAUGAGGAGUGUCAUAGAAGAAUUAUACAUAGAGACAUCAAGGCAUCUAAUGUUUUGCUCUCGGAGGACUUUCAACCUCAGUCCAUUGUAGAUAUCUGAUUUCGGGCUUGCAAAAUGGCUCCCAGAUAAGUGGAGUCACCUCACAGUAUCUCAGUUUGAAGGCACAUUUGGAUACCUCCCUCCAGAGUUCUUUGUGCAUGGAGUUGUUGAUGAAAAAACUGAUGUAUAUGCUUUUGGAGUAUUGCUGCUGGAGAUUAUUUCUGGUCGCCCUGCUCUUGACCAAUCUAAUAACAGUGUGGUGAUGUGGGCUAAACCGCUGCUACUGAAGAAAAGUUUUGGGGAGUUGGCUGAUCCAGCACUAGAAGGUUCUUAUGACUUGGAGCAGAUGAAGGACAUGUCUAUGGUAGCUUCUCUGUGCUUACAACAAUCUUCCGCAGACCGGCCUCCAAUGAGCAAGGUUGAAAAAAUGCUAAAAGGUGAGGAGAGCAUUUCACAUGACAUCAAGAAGUUGCAAAACCGGCUAAGUCUCAAGACACAUCGUCCCAUUGAGCUGAUCAAAGAAGCACUACUCAACACACCAAAGAGUUCAAAUGAUUCACCUAAAAGCCUGAACAGUACACCAAAGAUUGUAUGUGAUGAUACAGAAGUGAGAAAAGAGAUUCCAAUGGAACAAUGACGACCCUUGAAGAUGAACACAUUUCUCAUGUUUCCAACCUUCAUUCAACUUUAACUCGGAUAAGGAAGUUUCAAUAUCCAAAUGGGAAAGGGUAUGAACAUGAUUAUGAGUAAGAUGCUUGGAGGUUUUACAAUGUAAAUGCUUUGUAUAUAUAAUAAGAAAAAAUUACACAAAUAUAACCAUUUUAAACUCAACUAACAAAACUAUAACUUCUUGCCUUAACUUACUCUCACGUUGCAGAACGUGUUUCCUAUCAUUGGUCACUUUUUUGUAACCCAUAAUAUUAAUGGUAAUAUUUGUGUAAAAAUCUCAUAUAAUAAUACUCCCUCCGUCCCAAUUUGAUGGUCCCAUUUCUUUUGGGCUCACAGAUUAAGGAAGUGAUUGAAAAAGUAAAAGUUGUGAUUGAGAUUUGAGUAGAAAAAGCUUAAAUGAUGGGGACCACAUAUUUCUUUCCAAAAAGGGAAAGAGGACUAUCAAUUUGGGACGACCUAGAAAGGAAAUAUGAGAUGAUCAAAUUGGG